AUGGUUGGCUCCUCAGCGGCCCACGGCAAAAGCAUUGUUUGCUGCUGGGGGGCUUUCUUAAUAGGGCCCGACUACCGCAUGGCUGCUGUUACUCUUUUUCUCAUAAUUGUUCCUUCCGCUUUCUACCAGGCCUUUACUGCGCCAUGGCUGGUGGCGCGUUACGGCGAGGGUUUGCGUUUGGUGUCUUUGUGUCUUUUGCUGAUUACAAUUUGCUGCUUUGCUGCAGCAGCAGCAACAGACCCCGGCAUUAUUCCCCGCCAUGAAAGUCCUUUGAUGGUCACAGACCCCACCACGAGACAGAGCAGAAACCGGUUGCCUCCCCGGCACCAAGACGUGCUGCUCUUUGCUCACCCAGUGCGCCUCAAGUACUGUUCAACCUGCAGCAUCUACAGACCCCCCAGGUCUGUGCACUGCGCCGUCUGCGAUAACUGCGUCGAGCGUUUUGACCACCACUGCCCCUGGGUGGGAAACUGCAUAGGCCGCAGGAACUACCGGGACGACGAGCGCGAGGCCCAGGCCUUCUUCGCCGCGGGCCUCGACCCCGACGCCGUGGAGGAGUCUUUGAUAGGCCGAGGGUUGCGGGCAGGGCCAGGGCAGGCUAGGGCGCGUCGCGCGGCGGAGCGUCGCUUGCGCGCGCGGGAUCGAUCCCGGGAUCGAUCCCGGGGAUCGAUCCCGCACCCCGGGAUCGCCUGGGAUCGUCUCCUCCAAGACGACGAAGAAGAAGCAGCAGAAAUGGAGCGGCUGCUGCAGCGGGUGCAGCAGCGGCGGCGGCACUUGGCAGCAGCAGCAGCACAAGGCGAAGCUAAUCUUCUGGCUGACUCAAAUCCCCGUCUUGUCGCCUUCGGCGCGGAGCACCAGCAAGCGGUGGACACUUUAUUUCGUUACUUCCUUUACCAUUUCUCGCUUUCCGCCUACAACAGCCAAAGCGUGGUCGCCCACGAAGAAGGCGAGCAGCAGCAGCAGCAGCAGCAGCAGCAGCAGCAGGAAGACGCAGGGAACCCUUACUAUUUGGAGAAGAUUCAGCAGCUCAUUUUAGCUGACAAGCAAAGCCUCGCUGUCGACGUGCGGCAUCUUCUCUUCGUUUCUGAGCAGCUCGUCAGGUGGAUUGAGCUGCACCCCACGCCAGCAAUACAGGUAGCUGCAGCAGCAGCAGCAGCAGCAGCAGCAGCAGGGGGGGGGCAGCGGGGGGGAGGGCAGAAGAAGCAACAGCAGCUGCAGCGGCAGCGGCGGCAGCGCGCCGCUGCAGGCACUUCCCCGUCCAGUUGCUGA